ACUUGCAAAAGCCGCAGCUUGCUCCGUUUGUUCUGGAGAUUACUUUGCCUCUUAAACCUUCACCAUGGUCGACGCCUUCUGUGCCACUUGGAAACUGGUCGACAGUGAGAACUUUGAUGAGUACAUGAAAGCCCUCGGUGUUGGCUUUGCCACCCGUCAGGUUGGAAAUGUCACCAAGCCGACUGUGAUCAUCAGCCAGGAAGGAGACAAGGUGGUGGUCCGCACCCAGAGCACCUUCAAAAACACAGAGAUCUCCUUCAAGCUGGGAGAGGAGUUCGACGAGACCACCGCCGAUGACAGGAACUGCAAGUCCACCGUGACCAUGGACGGAGACAAGCUGGUCCACGUCCAGAAGUGGGACGGCAAAGAGACCAAGUUCGUCAGAGAAAUCAAGGACGGAAAGCUGGUCAUGAAUCUGACCUUCGAAGACAUCCACGCGAGCCGCAGCUACGAGAAGGCAUAAGUGCUCCGACUGCCAGCAUCCCGACCGGCCACGAAGUGUUGAUUUUAUAAUUAUUGUUGACUGUUUGCUUCUCUUUGCACUCCAUCCUCCUCCACAUGUCCGCGGCCUGCAGGCUGCACAUGUUUUGUAAGAAUUUUUGUUUUUAUAUAUGAAAACAUUUCUGUGGUGACGGAUGGAUCGUCUUUGAAAACCUGUGUGAGAAAAACAUGAAAUAAAAAAGCACAGAGACUACA